GAGCCAACAGCCGCAGCCAGUUCAAAACGCACGCUGCACCUACACACACUUGUCUCUUGUGUCUUGUCUCGCCACCGAUCGAGGUAGAUCUCUGCCGUGCCGUGCAGUGCAGCGGUGGGCGCAAUGGACCCGUAUAAGUACCUCAAGAUCCGCUUGAACCCGGACGGCUCGCUCUGCCGCUACGGGGAAGCGCCGCUCCUCCCCGCGGCGCCGGCCGGGGAGCCUGUGGCGGUGGAGGACGAGCAGGGGGCGCGCCGCAUUGUGGUCCACUCCAGCGACGUCCCGCUCAACGACGCCACCGGCACGGGCCUCCGCCUCUUCGUGCCGUCCGGGUCCGGCGGCCACGACGGCGGGCGGCUGCCGCUGGUCGUCUACUUCCACGGCGGCGGCUACGUCCUGUUCCGCGCGGCCUCCGCGCCGUUCCACAACACGUGCGCGGCGCUGGCCGCCGCCGCCCCGGCGGUCGUGGCGUCCGUGGACUACCGCCUGGCGCCCGAGCACCGCCUCCCCGCGGCGUUCGAGGACGCCGCCGACGCCGUCCUGUGGGCGCGCCCGCACGCCGCCGCCGGCAGGCCGGUGUUCGUGAUGGGCAGCCACAACGGGGCCACCAUCGCGCUCCGCGCCGCGCUGGCGGCGGCGGACGCCGGCGUGGAGCUGCGCGGGGUGGUCCUGAACCAGCCGCACCUGGGCGGCGCCGCGAGGUCGCCCGCGGAGGCGGCCUCGGUGGACGACCGCGUGCUGCCGCUGCCGGCGAACGACCUGCUCUGGGAGCUGGCGCUGCCAGUGGGCGCGGACCGGGACCACGAGUACUGCAACCCGGAGGCCAUGCUCGCCCGCGUGGGCGCCGCGCGCCUGCGGAGGCUCCCGCCCUGCCUCGUGCUCGGCCGGCGCAGGGACCCGCCGCGGGACCGGACGAGGACGCUGGUCAGGGCUCUGCACAAGGCCGGGGUGGCCGUGGAGGCCAGGCUCGACGGCGCCGGGUACCACGCCAUGGAGCUGUUCAAGCCCAACUGCGCCGCGGAGUUCACCGCGCAGGUGGCCGACUUCGUUCGCCGCCACUCCUCUGCCGUCACCGCCGUCGCCGGCUCCGGCGACGUGGUUGGUAUGAGCAAGCUGUGACACAUGGUCAAACAAACCCAUCGGCCCGCAGUGGAGGUUGCUGUACUUUGGUGCAAGCUGCACCGGGCCACUUCUCAAUCAUAUGUCAUAUCAUCAUCAUCAUGCUACAAUUCUGAGCGGCGACUGGCGAGCUCGCCAUCGUCCAACCGACAGGUAGACCCGGCGCACGGGCACGCUGAUGAGCUAAUUUAUCUCCGCAACGCUUGUCCGCUUAAAUUCCGGUCCUGACAGAUGAUAGUAGCACACAAGUUGGCUGCCUUUUUUCCUUUUUGUGUCCUUUUUUUUUAUUUAACAGCGUGUGGAGCUGCCGUGAAUUUGUUAUUUGUGCGUGGUUGCGACCACCGCAGGUACAGGAAGAUGACAAGGCUCCAGGCUCCCACAGGUGUUUACUACCCUGUAGAGCAAGGCAGAUGAUUUUACGUAUACGUGUAGCUGAUAGAGAUUGCUUUCAACUUCUGAAUAACUGAAAGCACUUCAUAAUUCAUAUUCUGCCUGUGUACUUGAUUGAGAACUUGGCACGCUUCA